AGAGAGGGUGGUGAGGAGGGAGUGUUGCUCUGUCCAAAUGUCUGACACAGGAGGAGCAGAAGAGCCAGAAGAGUUCACACAGGAGGGAUACGAACCCAACCGGACUCUGAAAGGAUAUACAGAUCUCUGAAAAAGAGGCCUUAUUCCAUCUCUCACUAGAAAAAAAACUGGAAACAGUGGAUUUAAUCUGGAACUACUGGGAUCUAGUGGAUGCACAUCCCAUCAGUUGCCUCAGCAAGGAAGAAUUUGAGGGAGAGUGCAACAAAGAGGAGAGAAAGAGAGAGAGUGCUGCCAGUGGGAGGGGGUGGCUGGAAGCAGGGAGGGACAUUGUUUGCCUGUGGCUGUGGGCAACGGGAAAGCAUGGGUUACCUCGCCUAAUGUGUGUGUUUGUGUGUGUGUUUAAGGGUGUAUUUGUGAAUGAGGGAGGGGAGUGUACACAAGUGCAGUGUUUAUGCACAUAUAUAUGGACAUAUAUAUAUGAGUGGACACACAGAAAAAGAGGCCCAAUGAUUUUUGUUCCCCUGUUUGAAUGAUGACCCAGAAUCCAGUGGAAUUGUUUUGUUAACUCUUGGCCCUCCUCUAUUCUCAGGAGUGCAUCCACACUACUCUGUCCACUCCUCAACGGUCAAAAACCGCCAGAUCAUUCAGCCCGAGGUGGGCUCUUUCAAAUUCAAACUUUCCCUCAAUAGGCUGCCUCAGCAGGGAAAGGUGCAGAGUGGCUGUGAUGCUAUGUGGACCCCUCUCCUUUUGACCAAAGGGGAUUUUGGCAUGAAUUCGUUAUGAGCAGGAGCAGCUUGGAGGAAUUUGGUUCUCAUUAGUUCUCUCUCUCACUCUGUCUUUGAAGAGCCUGCAUUUGUGCUUGCCUCAUUGCUUUGCUUUUAUUGCAGCUGAGGCAACGCCUGCAUGCAUGGCCAAGGGGCCUCCUCGUACCUCAUGCCUUAUUCAGCCGUGGGAUGAAGGAUCAUGGGUAACCUCAUAAGCAGACCUAGUUGCUUGGGUCAAAAGUCUAAGCAAGUGAGGUCAAACGAGGACUUCCUCAAGGAGUGUUACCAGCGGCAGAGAGAAUGGCCUGCUCCAGAGCCUCCGAAGGAGGAGAGCAAAAAGGAGGAUGUGGACCACUUGGAUCAGGUUCUUCCGCAGGUUCCCACGCCAGACAAAAACAGGAGCUCCCCUGCACCUACUGUCACAACCACCAGCACUUUAGAUAAUGCCUGGAGGAGCACACCUUCCCCUGCCAAGACCCCAUACAAUGGCUCUUUGCCUAGGAGGACUAAUGUUCCAGACUACAGGAGAUCCCCCCUGGGUCAAGGAACAGCAGAGAGAAGAGCCAGCCUGCAGAGGAGAGACUCUGGAAGCCCAUGGUCGUGGAAGACCCUGAGCUCAAGGGAAGUUACGGAGGUCACUGAAGUAACAGAGACUAUUGUGACGGAGAUUGUGGAGGUGACAGAGUAUCCAUCAGGGCAGAAGGGUGGUGAGCCCAUUGUGACCAGGACUGUUAGGGUCCUCACUGGAGCAGCCGAGCAGUUGGCAGAGCUGCAAAGUGAUGGCCAGACCAGUUCAGACCAAGACUCAAGCCUGGAUAGAUGGAAGGGUGCCAGGAGUACCUUAGCCCUGAAAGAUGGGUCUGUGGAUCCUGAAACAUUCCAGCAAAAUCUCCAGACUUUAAUAACAUGGGUUUCUGAGAUUGAAGACCUUACUGCCAACCAGAAGCCUCCCUCUUCGGAGUUUAAAGUGGUGAAGGCUCAGCUGCAAGAGCAGAAGCUUUUACAGCGCCUUCUAGAUGAAAGGAGGGCUAGCAUGGAGACGAUGAUUCAGGAAGGCCCACGUUGGGUGGAGGACCUUCAGGGAGAAGAAAAAGAAAGAGCCAAACUCCAAUUCUCCCAUCUCAAACUUAAAUGGGAGGCUUUACUUCUGGGAGCUGACAGCAGGAGACAGAGUUUAGAGGUAAUUUUGCCCCGGGCUCAGCUCUUCCAGGAGAGAAUGGACAGUCUACACCAGUGGCUUAUUUCGGUGGAGCAGGACCUGGCUGAGCUCCGCACUGCUGAGAGAGCAAUGCUGCAUCUACAGGAGGCCACAGAACAAGCCAAGGCAGUCAUGGAGGAGAUAAAAACAAAGAGUGCUGACCUAGGAAAACUUCAACAGUGCAGUCAUGAUCUCAUGGAGAAAGUCUCAGAGGAGGAGUCCCAGCUGGUUCAGGAAAAGACAGACAGUCUUAGGAUUCGUUACUCAGUUCUGAGUAUAAGCAGCGCUGAUGUGCUUCAGAGACUAGAGCAGGCCCACGAGGCCUCCAGCCGAUGCACCUCCAGCCAAGAAGACCUGCAUCUGUGGCUGGGUCGCAUUGAAAGAGAACUUCUGGGCCCGGCUCAGUCUGGAGAUGCUGUCUUGUGUCAUUCUGAGAGGCAGAGGUUGGAACAGGCAGUUGAGAAGGAACUGGCCUGGUUUAGAGCUACAUCUCUGGGUCUGGAGAACCUGAAAGCAAUCAACCUGGACACAGAGGUCAUUGCUGCACAGCUGUAUGAGCAAAAAAUACUGUCAGUAGAGAUUCUUCAGCACAGGUUCAACAUCGAGAAAAUGGUAAAGGUUUCUGACCUUCUGCAGUCGUAUAGUGAAGAAGGAGAGAUGGAAGCUUUACAGACCAGUCUAGAUGUUCUUCAGGAGCAGUGCCUGAUAACUACUGGUACAAAUUCCCAUGUGGUGCUGCAGCUGGAGCAUGCUCAGUCCCUCCUGUCCCAGUUCUCAGAGGGCUAUGCUGAAGUGUUGCCGUGGUUACAGGAAACCAAAAUCCUUAUGGGCCAGCUUGCCCUGAACACCAUCAGUUACGAGGCUUUCAGAGAACAACAGGAGCUCUUACAGGGUCUUAGAGAGUCCAUAGCCGAGCACAAGCCCCUGAUAGCCCGACUAGGGAUGCUGGCCAAGCGUCUGUCAGACCUGAACACUAGCCAAGCUCAGAAGUACUGCCAGAAGGCUGCAGAGGCUGAGGAACAGCACCAGGCUAUCAGAGACCGAGUGAGAGAGGCGGCUUCAGUGCUGGAGGAGUCUCUGCCCCGCUACACACAGCUGAAUGAGAGGAUGACACUGAUUGGAGAGAGUCUGGAACGUCUGCACAGCCACAUGAAGGCCACAGUGAAUCUGCAGGGUCUGAGCCCACGCAUCCAGGAGCAGCUGCAGGACAACAAGCACACGCUGGCUGAGCUCUCCAAGCUGGAGCUGAGCCUGAGCAGUGUAGCGUCUCAGGCUGUAGAGCUUCUUGCCAACACACAAGCAGCAGGGGACGGAUCCAUUAGCACAGUCAUCCAGACUCGAGUGGAUGGUCUGACUGGCCAGUGGCAGGAGGCUCACACAAAGGCUCAGGAGAGGGAGAAGUGGCUGCUGAAUCUGCUGGAUUUAGCAAUGAGGUUUUGGAGUGAAGUAAGCGACAUGACAGCUGGGCUGAAUGAUGCCCAACAGGCUGUUCUGGACCUCAACUCCAGCAGGUCUGACUCUGAGACCAUCCGCCAGAGCCUAGAAACCAUGCAGACACUGAGGGAGGACAUAGACGGACUACAAGGAGAUCUGGACACACUCGGAGUUCUGGGUAUGGAACUAAUGUCCGCUUGUGGGGACACAGACAAGCCAGAGGUCACAAAGAGUUUGGAUGAGCUCUACUGCACAUGGAAUAAUCUAAGUAAGCUCUGGACUGAGUGCCACAGUAAGUUAGAAGAAUCCCUGUGUUUGGCACUGAGUUAUCAGGACACCAUGCAGGGGUUGUUUGAGUGGCUCAAGUCUGCAGAGCUGAAGUCCACUGAAGAGUUUUUAGUGGGUUCUGACCUGGGAUCAGUCAGAGAGCAGCUGUGUGACCUAAAGGGGUUCAAGCGGGAGCUGUACCAGAAGAAGAUUGAAAUUGAGAGUCUGAAUCAUCGCUUUGUGUGUCACCUGUCUCCUGGCUCAGAGCGGCCGGGAUCGGUCUCACCGCUGUGUGACUUCCGGCAGCGCUGGGACAGCCUGGAGUCAGAAACUGUCAACAGACAGCACCAGCUGGAGUGUGCACUGCUGGGAUUGGGACAGUUCCAGAACAACCUGGAUGAGCUACAUGCCUGGCUCUCGCACACUGCUGAACUGUUAGAGGUGUCUCGGCCAAUCAGCAUUGACCUGCAGACUUGUGAGAUAGAGCUGGCCAAACAUAAGGUGCUGCGUAAUGAUGUGAUGUCCCACAUCCGCACUGUGGAGUCUCUGAACCAGGCUGGCAGGGAGCUGCUGGAGACAGGGGGAGGAGACAGUCCUCAUGGGCUCCAGUCUUGUCUGGAGCAGCUGAACGAGCGCUGGGAGUUUGUGCGCUGUGAAACAGAGCGCAGGCAGCUGGAGCUGGAGAAUAACCUCAGUCAGGUUCAGGAUGUGACCAUGGAGAUCCAGGAUCUGCUACAAUGGCUGGAGCACACAGACCUGAGGCUGUCCUCCAGUAAGACUGUGUGGGGAAUGCCUGAUUCCUCCAGUGAAAGACUCAGUGCUCAUCUGGAGCUGUGUAAUGAGAUGGACUCUAAGCAGCAUGCCUACAGCAACGUGCGCAAUGCUGUUCACAGGAUGCUAGAGGGCAGCAACGUCGCCCGUGGCUCCAGCACAGAGCACAGCUUAUGCAUUCUGGAGCAGAAGUGGAGUGCUGUGUAUGCUAAAAUGCAAGAUCGAAAGGCUAAGUUGACAGAAGGACUUGGUCUGGCGAAGGAGUUUAACAGCAAUGUCCAAGACCUGCUGACCAAAAUGGCAAAAUGUGAAGAAACCAUCAGUGCUCUGCCUGGUCCCAGCUAUAUCCUUGACACAAUCAGUAACCAGCUUCAGGAACAUAGGCUGCUGGUGAGUGAGGUCCAUAAUUAUGGGGAGAAGAAGAGGUGCGUAGAGAAUGCUGCCUCUCAGCUCUCUGAGCUCAGCAGGAAAGAAGACUGUGAUGUUGUGCAGAACCUGGUGAUAACCGUGAAAGAUCGCUACAGAAAGCUCCAGCAGCACACCACAGAGAGGGGCAAGGCCUUAGAUAACGUGAAAAGACAAGUUAAAAUGUUCAGUGAAUCUUGGCACCUGCUGAUAGACUGGAUGAGUGAGGUGGAGCAGACGCUGGACACACACAAGGAAAUCGCUGUCUCACAUGAGGAGAUCAAACAGCAGCUCACAGAGCAGAAGGAAUUCCAGAAACUCUUCCGCUCAAAAAGGCCGAUGUAUGAGGCCUGUCUAAAAAGCGGUCGCUCCCUUUUAGAAAAAGCUCAGAAUCCUUCAGACACUCAGCAUCUUGAAAACAUGGUGUCGGAACUCAGAGACUCAUGGGACACAAUCAGUGGGAAGUCUAUGGAGCGUCAACAUAAGCUGGAGGAGGCACUGCUGUUUUCAGGCAGAUUCACUGAUGCGCUGCAGGCACUCAAUGACUGGCUGUACAGAGCGGAGCCACAGCUUGCUGAAGAUGUGCCUGUUUGUGGCGAGAAGGACCUAGUAAAUAAUUUAAUUGAUAAGCACAAGGUAUUCCAGAAAGAACUGGGUAAACGUGCCGGAUGUAUCCGCACCUUGAAACGCUCUGUGAGGGACCUGACCCGUGGCAGCACUGCUGAUGCGCACUGGCUGCAGGAACAAAUGGAUGAGCUAGAGGUCCGUUGGGAGGAUGUGUGCAAACUUUCGGUGUCCAAACAGGCCAGACUGGAGGCAGCACUACAGCAGGCAGAGGAGUUUGAUGGAAUGGUUCACUCCUUCCUUGAUCGUCUUGCGGGUGUUGAGCGUGUUCUGAAAUACGGGGUACUGCCUGAGGAUGAGGACGCCCUCCUGGCCUUUCGUACACAGCACCAGGAGUCAAUGAGCUCUUUAAGUGAUCAGCAGGCACAGCUGGAAUCCAUACAGGCCCUGGGAGAACAGAUCCUGUUGUCCUGCCACCCUGACUCCAUCAUCACCAUAAAGUCCUGGAUCAGUGUCACCAAGACUCGCUAUGAGGAGGUUCAGACAUGGGCACAGCAACAGGCCGAGCGGAUCCAGACCAUGCUGUCUUCUCUUGAGGCUGAAAGGGAAGAGGUGCAGCGACUGCUGGACUGGAUCUCUUCUGCUGAAGAAUCUCUGAACCUCAGGGAGCAGGAAGGCCUGCCUGAUGAGAUAGAGCAGACAGCAGAACUCAUCAUCCAGCACACUGUAUUCAUGGAGGAGUUGAAGAAAAAAGUGCCUGAGGUUGAAAGUGCAACAAAAUCCUGUAAACGCAAACUGACUCCUAAGAGGCAGGUUUCUCCCAGCCACAAAACACCAAGCAAAAGAAGAGGCCAACUAAAACCCCAGACCUCGGUUCCAUUGCCCCUGGAGAACCUGGAGCCACACACCCCUCAGCUCUGUCAGCUGGUCAGCCAGUGGCAGAAGCUCUGGGUCUUGGCUCACAACAGACAAAAGAAACUGGAUGAGCACCAACAAAGACUUAGAGAGUUGGAGGAGUUUGCCAACUUUGACUUCAACCUGUGGCGCAAGAGGUACAUGCAGUGGAUAAGUCACCUGAAGUCUCGGAUUUUAGAUGUUUUUCGGGCCAUUGAUCGAGAUCAUGAUGGUAGAAUCACACAAAAGGAGUUUGUCGACAGUGUUCUAGCUUCAAAAUUCCCAACCAAUUCUCUGGAAAUGACAGCUGUUGCCAACAUCUUUGAUGUAAAUAGCGAUGGAUAUAUUGACUACUAUGAGUUUGUGAGCGCUCUUCACCCAAGCAGAGAUCCCUACAGAAGAACAAUAGAUGCAGACCAAAUCAAUGAGGAGGUAAGCCGUCAAGUUUCCCAGUGCAACUGCCCAAAGAGGUUCCAGGUGGAGCAAAUUAGUGCCAACCGUUACAGGUUUGGAGACUCUCAGCAGUUGCGAAUGGUGCGAAUUCUACGAAGCACGCUCAUGGUACGUGUUGGUGGAGGGUGGACAGCCUUAGAUGAAUUUCUGGUCAAGAAUGAUCCUUGCAGAGUGAAAGGACGGACAAACCUGAAGAUAAAGGAGAAGUAUCUGUCGCCGGACUCAUUCGAGGCCUCAGGUCGUAGAGGGAGCACUAAGGGGUUGACAGUGAGCAGGUCAAACUCUAGCCUGAGUUUAUACAGCAGCGCCUCAGCUCCUAGUAGUCCCUUAACUCGCAAGGCACUAUUGCGUAGAAGUUUCUCUGGGGAGAGGUGCAUUCGACCCAGGAGCUCUAUAGCUGCAUUAGGAACUGACCAGUUCUCCACAGCAGGAGAUGAUGACUCUCCCUCACCCACAGAAGAAGCAGAGACUGCUCCUACAUGACCAUUCCUUCCCUCUGCUUCCAUCAUGUGAAGACAACAGAACUCAGGAUCCUAAAUGCACUGGAAACCAGAAAGAGAAUCUGUCCAAAAAAGGUCAAAUAAGCUGGAUUGGAACCCCCCCACAGAGCCACGCCACUCCCACCCUGGCUGCUGGGCUUCAUGUUGUUCCUCCAAGUGCCCUGCAGUUCAUGUAAGGUCAAUGGUAAUGGUGGUUAGAGGUGUUGUGAUAACUUGAACCUCAAUUAGAAAUUAUGCAACUUUCUGGGCUUUUCACAACACACCAUUAGGGUCUAAUUUCUAUACACAUUUUUCUCUCUUUUUUUAUUUACUUGUUAUUUCCCAUUCUCUCUGUUAUAAGAGUCAGAGACACAUGCUGUUCUGCAUGGGUAUUACCUGCAUGAUGCCUACAGUAAAAUCCCCAAAAUAUCUUAUGUAACAUUGUGUACAAGACACUGCUUGCGCUGAGGUCCUGGUGUAAAGGUUUAAACUAUGGUCCGACCACAAGAACACUCAUGCCGUUACUGUGGCUUUACUGACUUGCACGCAGUCUCACACGUGCACAAAGCUGUUAUCAGUUAAUCAGUGUCCGUUAGGAGAAGCCCUGCAGACAGAGAUGUGAACCAAAACAAGCAGACCUCGUUUGACUGCCUUAACGCUUGAAUGUCUUCUGUAUUAUGUAUUGUGUACUUUUGAAAAACACUGCUUUUAUGAUUCAUUUGUAUUGAUCUUUGUGGCUGUAAGAUUUUCUCAGGUUUGGUGAACCAGACUAUUUAAGAUAUUAUUCACAAUUGACAGGUUGUCUGGACCUUAUACCCUGCUGUCCAGUGAAAGACAAGCAUCUUCUUUUUUUUUUUUUUUUGGGACCCUGUAGCGUCACAGUAGGGUGUGUAAAUAAUUCUGGAUAAUUUGACCAACAAAAAAUGCUCUAAAAUUACUCCUGGAAAUAGCUUUUUUUUUUGAAGGUACAUGUUUCAACUGCAAACAUUCUUUUCUCUUACUGUAAUGAGAUACUGUAUAAUGUAAUCAGUAUAAUGGUUUUCUUCUGGACUCUAAGUGUGCUGAGGUUGUAUUAGUGUAAUUUCUUUUCUGCUUAACAUACAGGUUUAUAAAAUAAUUAUUUGAUUUUGAACAAUCAAGCUGACUGUAUCUAUAAGUGUCUCCCUAAGAGGAUAUGAAAGUGUAGGUCUCCGUGAGAUUAGCAUGAUAUGAAUUAUCCAACACUCUGGCUUCUAGCAUUAUUUGAGCCAAAAGAAACCAAGUAAAUUUUGAACUGCUUUUGCUGUGUGACCUGCUCAGGGCCGCAUCCUGUUUUAAUUUUUUGCCUUAAAUACUUAAAUACUAGAUUUUGAGUUUUUAUAAAGCCCUACUAUAUGAAGGUUCUGGCUACAGCAUUUGUUUAAUGAAACAUUUCACGUGUCUUUUCUGCCAAAACGUGAAGUCAAGACUGAUGUAACAUUGUAAGCAUUUGAUGUGUGUGACAGUAGUCCAUUAGCAGCGGUCAGAAAUGGUGUGACUACUAUGACUAUCUAUACAAAAUGAACGUUUACACAAAGCGCUGUAUCUUCAUCCAAGCCACCCAGUAUCGGACUACGGAAACACUGGAGAGAGUUUCUUCCUGCCUAUGCACCUUUCUGGUGACAGCAAACUAAACCUUGCAUGUAUUCAUCACAGAUUACUUUGAAAUCAUUGUAGAAAAAUGUCACUAAUAUGUCUCUUGUAAAAUAAAUCUUUUUUUAUAGAA